AAAAAAAACACAACCCACCUUCUCCAGGGACUGCUUUGAAACUCGGCCCCUCAGCUCUGUGAGCUCCAGGAGCCCAGCAAAUGAGCCCAGGGGAUAUCGACCCUGCCUGGGAAGCGCGCGACGACCAGCGCCGGGUGGUUCCAGCCCAAGGAAGCAGCAGCAUCGAGAGGCAUUUUUGCCUUUCCUGAGGCCAACCCCGGCUGAGGCUCACCAGGAAAACCUCCCUCUGCCCAACUGCAGAAAACUCUUCUAAGGGCUGUGACCUUAAUUGAAUCGACUCCUUCCCGUGUCCUGCAGACGCUCGGAUCCGCUCGCUCGGUUUCUGAGCAGCCACUGAGGCUCAAGCCCCCCUGGAUCAGGCCACAGACGAGGGGACCAUGAACUGAACAAGGAGCGACUCCUUUUUUUUUUUUUUUUUUGUUUUCCUUUUUGGUUUUGGCUUUUUUCUUUGGUUUGUGGGUUUUUUUUUUCCCCAUCUGGAAGCAAAACCAAGCUCCCUCCCCUCGUUAAUGAAAGCGUUUUAAAAAGGGGGUUGCUUGGCCCCCCCCUCUCCCCCUGAGCUGAAGUCAUCCCGGGUGAGGUGAAGAUCUCCGGAGAAGAUGGGGAGGAAGAAGAUCCAGAUCCAGCGGAUCACGGACGAGCGCAACCGGCAGGUGACCUUCACCAAGCGCAAGUUCGGCUUGAUGAAGAAAGCCUACGAGCUGAGUGUCCUGUGUGACUGUGAGAUCGCCCUCAUCAUCUUCAACCACUCCAACAAGCUGUUCCAGUAUGCCAGCACUGACAUGGACAAGGUGCUCCUCAAGUACACUGAGUACAACGAGCCCCACGAGAGCCGGACCAACGCGGACAUCAUCGAGACGUUAAGAAAGAAAGGUUUUAAUGGCUGUGACAGCCCAGAACCCGACGGAGAUGAUUCCAUAGACCAGAGUCCCUUGAUGGAAGAUAAAUACCGGAAAGGCAGCGAGGACCUGGACAUCCUGUUCAAGCGCUACGGUGCACUGAACAAGAAGCACAGGGAAUGCGAGAGCCCGGAAGGGGAUGAAGUGUUUGCGUUGACCCCGCAGACGGAAGAGAAAUAUAAAAGGAUUGAUGAGGAGUUUGAUAAAAUGAUGCAGAGUUACCGGCUCGCAUCCGCAGUGCCCGCUCCCAACUUCGCCAUGCCCGUGACGGUGCCGGUGAGCAACCAGAACACGCUGCAGUUCAGCAACCCUGGCAGUUCCCUGGUGACCCAGUCCCUGGUCACCUCCUCGCUGACCGACCCUCGGCUCCUCUCGCCGCAGCAGCCGGCGCUGCAGAGGAACACGGUGUCCCCAGGGCUGCCCCAGCGGCCAGCCAGUGCAGGGGCGAUGCUGGGGGGAGACCUGAACAACACCAACGGAGCCUGCCCGAGCCCUGUGGGCAACGGCUACGUGAGCGCCCGGGCCUCUCCGGGGCUCCUUCCCGUGUCCAACGGCAGCAGUUUGGGCAAGAUCAUCCCGGCCAAGUCCCCCCCGCCGCCCUCCCACAGCUCCCAGCUCCCCACCAACAGCCGCAAGCCGGAUUUGCGCGUCAUCACCUCGCAGAGCGGGAAGGGGCUGAUGCACCACUUGACGGAGGAUCACUUGGCUCUGCAGAACACACAACGGUUGGGUGUCUCCCAAGCAACUCACUCUUUAACCACACCAGUUGUUUCUGUGGCUACUCCGAGUUUGCUGACGCAGGGGUUGCCCUUCUCUGCCAUGCCCACCGCCUACAACACGGAUUAUCAGCUGACGAGCGCUGAGUUGUCUUCUCUGCCAGCGUUCAGCUCACCCGGGGGUUUGUCCCUUGGCAACAUCUCUGCCUGGCAGCAGCAGCAGCAGCAGCAGCAGCAGCAGCAACAGCAGCAACAACAGCAGCAACAGCAGCAACAGCAGCAACAACAACAGCAGCAACAGCAGCAGCAACAGCAGCAGCAGCAACAACAGCAACAACAGCAGCAGCAGCAGCAGCCGCAGCAGCACCUGGUUCCUGUAUCUUUAGGGAAUUUAAUGUAAGUGAAACAGUCACCAGGGGUGACUCAGUUGAGGUUGGGAAAGAGGGAAAUGGGGAAUUCCUCCUCCGAGUGCCAGACCUUCAGAGCCCCAGCUGGAGCUCCUGGCCUGGCUUGUUGUACCUCUCCCACUGCAGAGCCCCAGCAAUCCCAGUGGGUUCCAGGUUCCAGGAGGCAGGAGCAGAUGUGUCCACAGCUGCAGGAGAAGCCAGCCCAGCCAGCUCAGGAAGUUUGGGGAAUUCCAUCCCUACCUCUGCUGUAGGAAUGACCUUGGGGGCCCCAGAUCAGGGAUCAGGGCAGUGUGAUGCUCUCUGAGAGCUGCUUCUUGCUGUCUGGCUGCAGCAGGAGGAUCAAUCUCUGCACCUCACAUGGGGGAGCCAAGAUCUAGCAAGAGCCAGAGUUAGAAGGGAUGGUCCCUGCAGAACAAGAUGUCUGGAAACAGUCAGAAGGUCCUGCUAGGGUAGGAAGAGGGCAGCUUUUCAUACUGGAAAGUAUUUGCUUUAUAUCAGGGAAAAAAUACAUGCAAUUGCUCUUGUGAGACCCCACCUGGGGUGUUGUGACCAGUUCUGGAGCCCCCAGCAUAGGAAGGACACGGAGCUGGUGGAGAGAGGCCAGAGGAGGCCCUGGAGAUGCUGGGAGGGCUGGAGCAGCUCUGGAGCCAGGCUGGGAGAGUUGGGGUGUUGAGCCUGGAGAGGAGAAGGCUCCAGGGAGAGCUUAGAGCAGCUUCCAGUGCCUGAAGGGGCUCCAGGAAAGCUG